GUCGGUCAGCUGGCUCCUCCAUCUGAACAGCAGGGAGAGCCUCUCCCAUAGGGAGACAUCACCAUCAACGCCCGAGCCUGGCCAGCAGCAUCGGCGGCCCGCUGGAAGGGGAAACGAAAUAUGGAAGAAACGAUAUUAUAGUGUGGGAUCGUGCGUCGGCAGGGGUCGGGAGCGUUAAAUUAUUUAUUUACCUAUUUAUUUAUUUAUUUCCCCUGCCUGUAAUGGCUGGGGUCCAUGGCUGCGGCUGCUGCUGAGAGGCAGGUGCAGUUUUUAUCGACGAAGGCAUUUGGCUCCUCGGCAUGGACUCAGCCAGGGCCGAUCCACAGGCUGACCCACUGCACAUCCACGGCUCCAGGGACCGGAUGCUCUCCACGGGAGGAGAGCAGUAAGCCGGGCCGCGUCAGGAGGCGAUACGACGGGCUACCGGAGGAGGAGGGGGCCCGCUGUCCAUCCAAAUACAAGCCCCUGUGUUUUCGGUACCAGCUCAAGGUUAUGCGUCCAUAGUCGCAGUCUUCUCUCAGUCUAGUCUGUGAUGCUGGAACAUGACAUAGUGUGAGUGUUGUCUUUAUUUAAGGACUAGACCCUGUGAAAACCUUGUGACAGUCUCGCCUCUAAGGCCUGAAAAAGUGUUGGAGUGCAGCCUCCUCAUCUGAAAAACACAAGCCGGCUCCAGCUGCCAAGAUGAUGGAGCUGCAGAUAGAUGAGGUGGUCUACCAGGACGACUACGGCUCCGGCUCCGUCAUGUCGGAGCGGGUGUCGGGCCUGGCCAACUCCAUCUACCGGGAGUUCGAGCGGCUCAUCCGCAGCUACGACGAGGAGGUGGUGAAGGAGCUGAUGCCGCUGGUGGUGAACGUCCUGGAGAACCUGGACGCGGUGUUGACAGAGAACCAGGAGCAUGAGGUGGAGCUGGAGCUGCUGAAGGAGGACAACGAGCAGCUCAUCACCCAGUACGAACGGGAGAAAGCGCUGCGCAAGCAGGCGGAGGAGAAAUUCAUUGAAUUUGAAGAUGCGUUGGAAGCUGAAAAGAAGGAUCUGCAGGUUCAGGUGGAGUUUCUGGAGCUGCAGGGGAAACAGCUGGAGCUCAAGACAAAGAACUAUUCUGACCAGAUCACUCGGUUGGAGGAGCGAGAAUCAGACAUGAAGAAAGAGUAUAAUGCUCUGCACCAGCGCCACACAGAGAUGAUCCAGACAUACGUGGAACACAUAGAGCGGUCCAAGAUGCAACAGGCGGGGAGCAACAGCCAAACAGAAGGCCCCGGCUGUGGACGAACUCAACGCCACACAUGGAGGAAAAGCAGUAAAGCGGAGCGCCCGCCGUCGUUGAGCCUGUACCCCAGUGGCGAGGGCAUGGUACGUGGGGGUCUAGGGGGGGCUAGGAUGAUGCCCGGGAAAGACAUCUGGCAGGUCAGCGAGCUCGGCCAGUCCACCUUCAGCUCCGCCUAUCAGGAGGACGGAUCAGAGUCUGACUCGGUGGCAGCCACACCCAGCAGCACAGGAAGCAAGUCCAACACACCCACCUCCUCCGUCCCCUCUGCCACCGUCACCCCCAUCAAUGAGGGCUUCCUGCCACACACCGAAUUUGAUGUGAUGCGACCUGGAAACCGCAGGAAAAAUGCCAAGCGGCUCAGCCGGAAUAUGGAGGUGCAGGUUUCUCAAGAAACAAGGAAUGUCAGUAUUGGAAUGGGGAGCAGUGAUGAGUGGUCCGAGUUUCAGGAGAUAAUCGAUUCCACCCCUGAGCUGGAUAUGUGUGUGGACCCCCGAGUGUAUGGAGGCGGAAACAGCCCCUCACAGGGCAUUGUGAACGAGGCUUUUGGGAUCAACACGGACUCUCUCUACCAUGAGAUCAAAGAUGCCAAGUCAGAUAUCAUCGGAGAUGUGGAUGCAGGUGCCGAACUUCUAGGCGAGUUCUCAGUCCGUGAUGAUUUCUUCGGGAUGGGAAAGGAGGUGGAGAACCUGCUGACGGAGAACAAACAGCUUCUAGAGACCAAAAAUGCUCUCAACAUUGUCAAAAAUGACCUAAUUGCCAAAGUGGACGAGCUGUCGGGGGAGCAGGAGGUACUGAGAGAAGAGCUGGAGGCUGUGAGGCAAUCCAAGAACAAAGUGGACGCCCGAGUAAAAGAGCUGGAAGAAGAACUCAAGAGGUUAAGAGCAGAGGCUCUCGGAGCUUCUCGAGACUCCAAGGAUGAAGGAGGUGAUGAUUUUUCAUCACCCAUGCAAGAUGGCGACAUGACAAUGACCCAGCGGCGGCGUUUCACUCGGGUGGAGAUGGCCCGUGUGCUGAUGGAGAGGAACCAGUACAAAGAGCGUCUCAUGGAGCUGCAGGAGGCCGUACGGUGGACGGAGAUGAUCAGGGCAUCCCGGGAAAGUCCUCCAAUCCAAGAGAAAAAGAAGUCCACCAUCUGGCAGUUCUUUGCUCGGCUCUUCAGCUCAUCGUCCAGCCCUCCACCGGUCAAGAGGCCAUAUUACAGCGUCAACAUCCACUACAAAUCUCCAUCACCUGCUGGUCUUUCUCAACGUCGCAGCCAUACCAUGUGUCAGAUCUCCACCUCCAACCGCACACUGGAGUUCUUCCCUGAAGAACUGGCCAGUAAUGGUGUUGCGUCUCUCCUCAGUGAUUCGGCACUGUUGGCCCGCCGAGAGCAGCGGCGUGAACAGUACCGACAAGUCCGCGAGCACAUGCGCCGCGAUGACGGCAUCAUGCAGGCCUGUGGCUGGAGUGUGCCGUCUCGCUUUAAACAGACUGGUGGUCAGACGGACAGCGCUCAGGACAGCCCGCUGAAGAGACAACAGACCACCAACGAGAAAGACGACAACCGCAUGAAGAAUGUUCCCGUCCCAGUGUACUGUCGGCCUCUGGUAGAGAAGGAUCCGAACAGGAAGUUGUGGUGUGCAGCAGGAGUGGACUUGACGGGAUGGAGGGCGGGCAGCCAGGAGUCAGUACCAGCCAAAGUAACGUCUGGCAGCAACGGAGACCCCCUGCAUGCCGAUGAGGAUGGAAGCGACAAGAAGAGCAGCCCAGAGAAGAGAAAGUCAAAGGAGCUCCAGGAAACAGACACCAUGAGCAGCCGAGUGUGGAUCCUAACCAGCACCCAGUCCGCCAGUAAAGUGGUCAUCAUCGACGCCAACCAGCCGGGUUCGCUGGUCGACCAGUUCAACGUCUGCAACGCCCACGUGCUCUGCAUCUCCAGUGUACCAGCUGCCAGUGAGAGCGACUAUCCAGCUGGGGAGAUCGUGUUGGAUCCAGGUGAUGGCAGUGCAGGAGGAGUAGGAGGAGCAGGAGUUGGAGGAGGAGACGAUGCCAGUGGAGUCGAGGGCAUGUUAGCAGGUAUCACUCUGGUCGGCUGUGCUACUAAUUGCAGUGUUGCCCGUAGCAACUGCUCCUCACGUACUGACACGCCCAUUCUGGACAAAGGACAAGCUCCUGUUGCUCCACCCAUGAAUGGAAAAAUCCACCAGGCUCAGUCUGCGGAAGAGGCCACAGAGGCCACUGAGGUCUCAGAGUCAACCACUAGCAACACAGAAAUGGGAUCUGGACCCCCAGGACCAUUUACUGAGCAUGUAUUUACUGAUCCCCAGCCCCGUCCAGCAGACACCUCAGACAGGAGCUCAGGUCAGUCCAAAGAAGAAACGUCUCACCCUCCAGAGACCGAGAACGGAGGCGAAGAGGCCAAAAACUACACCAGCGUGGCCCCUACCAUGUGGCUGGGGGCUCAGAACGGCUGGCUCUACGUCCACUCAGCUGUUGGGAACUGGAAGAAAUGCCUCCACUCCAUCAAACUUAAAGACUCGGUGCUCAGUCUAGUCCAUGUGAAAGGCCGUGUGCUCGUCGCCCUCGCUGAUGGAACCCUGGCCAUUUUCCACAGAGCAGAGGAUGGUCAGUGGGAUUUGUCCAACUACCACCUGAUGGACCUCGGCCGGCCUCAUCACUCCAUCCGCUGCAUGGCUGUGGUCCACGACAAAGUGUGGUGCGGCUACAAGAAUAAAAUCCACGUCAUUCAGCCCAAAAGCAUGCAGAUUGAAAAAUCCUUCGACGCUCACCCUCGCAGGGAGAGCCAGGUGCGGCAGCUAGCAUGGAUCGGUGAUGGUGUUUGGGUGUCAAUCCGACUAGACUCGACCCUGCGUCUGUACCACGCACAUACACACCAGCACCUCCAGGACGUGGACAUUGAGCCUUACGUCAGCAAGAUGCUCGGUACUGGUAAACUGGGCUUCUCUUUUGUGAGAAUCACAGCACUUCUAAUCGGGGGAAAUCGCCUUUGGGUUGGAACUGGAAAUGGUGUGAUCAUCUCCAUCCCACUCACAGAGACGGUGGUCCUACACCGUGGACAGCUCCUGGGUUUGCGGGCCAAUAAGGUGUCUCCUACAUCUUCUGGAGGCGUGAUCCAUGUAUACGGUGACGACGGCUCUGAAAAGAGCAGCGGCAGCUUCAUUCCCUACUGCUCCAUGGCCCAAGCCCAGCUCUGUUUCCAUGGACACAGAGAUGCCGUCAAGUUCUUCGUCUCUGUACCUGGCAACGUUUUGGCCACCUUAAAUGGCAGUGUGUUGGACAGUCCAUCAGAAGGACAGGGCUCCACGGCGCCCCCAGAGACAGAGGCUCAAAGUGUUCAAAAUGUGUUGGUGCUGAGUGGAGGAGAGGGCUACAUCGACUUCCGCAUCGGGGACGGUGAGGACGACGAGACCGAGGAAGGCGAGAACGCCCUGUCUUCUCAGAUGAAACCGGCUCUGUGCAAAGCUGAGCGGAGCCACAUCAUCGUCUGGCAGGUGUCAUACAUACCCGAGUGACACCUGGGACCUGCUUUAAAUGCUCCACCCGCUCCUCCCCCCUGAACCAAUCCCAUCCCAACCCGAAAGCUUCCAGCCAUCCAAACCUUGUAAUUUACCCCCAGUCAUGUAAAAGUCCCCCCUCCUCGGCUCUAAAAUGACUGCGUAUCCAGCCCUUGUAACUACUCUAUCCCCUCCUGCCCCUGUCACUUGUAACUUUAAUGCCUUGUAAGUACUGUACCUCCUCUGAUCUAGUAAUCUGCCUGCCAUCCUGUUUGUCCCACCCAGGGCAUUGUAACUACCUUCAUGAGCCUUGUAACCCAGCCUCAUAACUACCUCCCUCCUCUGUAUCGAUCUUAUAUUCACCCCGUAAGCACACUUGUAUCUCCCUCUAUAUUUACCUCAGUCGUCCUGCAUCCGCCCCUCCUCUUCCUCCAUUUAGUUUGUCACCUGUAAAACCUCCCCUUCUUCUGAAAACAAAGCCAGAGCCCCUCGUGCAUCAAUUGUACCAAAAGAAUGGAGAAAAAAAACAACACGGAUAAAGCACUGACUCGCUUUUCCACCAAAAAAAAAAAAAAAAAAAAAAAGUGUCUGAUUUUAACAGCCUAGCAGCAAUCUGUAAUAAAGUACACCACCGGAAGAGCAGAAGGGCUGAGUCAUGGUGAUCAGAAUUUGGGAUGGGAAUGUGAGGUGUUCUGGAUGAAAAUUCUGGCAGCGAUAUGGAAGUUUUGCAUUUAUCUGAACUGCAUAAAGCAAGUGAACAUGGAGUAAAUUGAAGGUUUAAGUGUUUACAGAAUCCGAAUGGCAGGAAAUGAAUUAGCAUCAGGCUGCUGCAGAUGCAUCUAGGGAGUCGUAUGAGUAAGGUUAUUAAAAAA